GAGCGGUGACGCCAGCUCGCCUCCGCACAGUUAAGGAGGUUGGGCUGUGUGAAGCGACUCAUUGAUCGGAGAGUACUGGAAGCAGAAGGAUCGAAGAAAACAGGUGAUCAGAAAAAAAUCGAGCAAGACGGACUCCCGUUUUGCCCGCACAGGCUGAUCUCCUGCCAAAGGGAACGCGCUAUGCGAAACACAUGGAGGGCUUCGCCUGUGCGCGGAUAAUUCUCGCAGUCAUGGGACUUCACUGCGUUGUGUCUGGAGAUGAACUUGAUGUUCCCAAUGACCUGGAAGUGCUGGCAGUGAAAUCUGAAGUCCAUAUGCAGUGGGCUCCACCUAACAAUGAGACUCAGGAACUCUUCUACGAAGUUCAUUACAGAUGGUAUAACGAUGGCGAGCAGUGGGCUCCAGUGCCAGGCUGCACCCAUACUGAGGCCACCCACUGUGUCCUGUCUCUGGAUCAUUUCAACUGUACUCUGGCAUACCAGACCAGGGUACGCAGCGUUUCAGGGAACAGGACCUCCAAGUGGCAAUAUGAGCAUCAAUUUGCAAUAUAUGAUAUAAUGAUUCUGCAGCCCCCAAACUUUACAGUAUCCGUCUACAAGGAUUUCACACUAAUAACUCUGCAGACCUUCAGCCAGAUGGAAAGGAAAUAUCAAAAGGAUUGUUACAAAGAACAACUGAAAUUAUAUUUACAUCUGCAGAGGGAUGGAGAGACGCGCAAGAUGAGUUAUGCACUUGAUGAUUUCAAUAGCAGACUGGAACUCACAGACCUGCAGAGGAGAAUGCGUUACUGUGCCACCUUAGAGCUGAUCCCCAACAAUGCCAACCAUCACAUCGAAGGAUUAAUAAGUGAAGUUUGCUUCAAUACCUUGGAAUCAGGGACCCUGGAAGUCACAGUCACUGCUGUGCUCUCAGUUGCCUGCAUCCUACUGCUGAUCAUCUCACUUGCCAUCUUUUUGCUGAAGGCAUUUCUGAAACGCCCUGCCCAAAUGCCGGAAGCCCUGAAGUCAAUCACUACUCUGUCUAGAAGCUGGCAGCCCCUAGCACUGGACCAGUUCCAGGUGGAAACCAUCCCCUCCUGUCUGGACAAACUGAAGAAGCAGCGCGCAAGUGUGGACAGUGGUGUGAGUUUGGAGCCGCACCCCUUGGAACCUGAGACACUACAUUUGGGAAGUGGAUGCCCACUGUUGAUGGAACUUGUUCAGGAUUCGCUUAGCAUGUCGAGGAGCAGUGGACCCCAACUUCUUAAAGAAACUGGGAGCAGCUGUUGUAGCAGCAGCAACACCACAGUGACAGAAGACAGUGGUGUGUGUAUGAACUCACGCUCCCUGCUGGACUUCAGCGGAAGUGAAAGCAGCCAACUUUCUGAUGUGCGGCUGGUGGUGGAGAUUGGUGCUCCUGCAGAGGACUGUGGUUACCGCAGUCAAAUGCCAGCUGUCUCAGAGGACAACACUUACCCGACUUGGGAGACUAACAGAGGGGGGGGAUUUGGUCCCCCCACUGGCCAAGUACAGACCAACAAAGUUUGUUUGUGCUCCAAAGACAGUGUCUGCUUCCUCUGUCAGAUGGAAGGGCUCAUGGGAAGGAGAGAGGCAGGAGACGACAGGGGAUGGCAGGAGGGCAGUGGGUGUAAUGUGGUGAUUGCACAGACGGACUUGACGGCACAUCAGGAGCCCCCACAGACCCUUUUGCAGGACCUUCUUACCGUCUAUUCUGAUGGCUACUUGAAGAAGGGCGUUCCAAGACCAUCACUCCCACCUCUCCUGGAUAUGAUACAUAGCUGACUAUUAGGUGAAUACAUCGGCACAUCUCACUAACCUGACAUUAUUUAUUGACUUUUUUUUUUUUACAAAGUGUAUUAUUUAUUAAAUU